GUCGGAGUUUAUCCCAACUGUCAGUUACCUCCAUGCCCACCUGGCUACUCUGGAAUUUAUCCGAACUGCAAUAGGCCAACCACAUCAGCGCCCUUGUAUAUACCGCCGAAACAAACAGGUUAUGAAUAUCCAAAACCAGUAAUCAAGUUGGAAUUACCACCAUCAACGACCACUCCACGACCGGUUCCCAGCACAUAUUUGCCCCCCACUCAACCACCAAAAUGUCCACAAGGCUUCAUUGGCUCAUAUCCAAAUUGUCGUUUGCCCGAGUGUCCAGCAGGUUUUAUUGGAUCAUAUCCAAAUUGUUUUAGGCCUACUACAUCCGCACCGUAUAUUCCACCCCGCACACAAAAACCGCAAGGAUAUUUUUAUCCAGUCCCACAAAAGAAAUUCACCAUUCCCCCAAAAGCUUUUACAACCCAAAAAUCAUUCCCAAAAACAUACCUACCUCCCAUUACACCUGCUCCACCAAAACCAACGGGAUAUGAAUAUCCAACGCCAGCAAUCAAGUUUGAAUUGCCACCAUCAACGACCACUCCUCGACCGGUUCCAAGCACAUAUUUGCCCCCUACUCAACCACCAAAAUGUCAACCGCCAAAG